GUCAGUGAUAACGGGGGCAUGUAUCUUGCAAGCGCCGUGCCUAGUUAUUUGAAAGGGUGAAUUGCUGGCAGAAACAUCAAACUUUACGUUUUAGUUUAAAGCCUUCAUGUGCAGCUGAUCAGUGAAGAAUCUUUUCGGUGGGAGUUGGUUUCCGCAGCUGCUUUCGACUUGACAGCUGCAGCAAGGGCAAGGCAACUUUGGGAUGCAGAGGGUCAUUUUAGAAUAUAGCUAUUCGGUUGGUGUACGGCGUUCUUUUUCUCAGGUUCUGCUGGACAUCUUUGUCCUCAGCCCUUCGUGUGAACCUCAGCAAGGAGCAUUGACAAUGUGCAUUUGAACGAUUACAGAGAUGCCGCUGGCCGCUGCGCGUCAUGCCGACAUGCUCCCAACAUAUGCUACUCUCGAUCAGCAGUCCCCAUUUCGGGGUCGCAAGGCUGUGCGCCGGCCGCUCUUUGGUUCCAAGCGGAGCGCCUCCCCGUCAUGGCUGCAGCGCGGCGGCCUCCUUCUUCUAGCCCUCGUCCUCUUUCUAUCCCUCCUAGGUCUCAUCAGCGUAUUCACCUCCCAAUCUUCCCAACAUGUUUCCCCAUCGUUCUCUGCCAAACGGGCACCAAUCAGUCUCCGCAGAAGCCUUCUCCAUGAGGCAGUCUAUGCCACCAAUUUCACAUUGACACUAUUCACGGCUCCCCGUGAGUUUUCUGGUGUUAUGGGAGAAAAGCAGCGGUCUGCAUUGGUGUCAUGGCUGGGGUUAAGACCGCAGCCCCUGGUGGUGCUACUGGGGGCGGACCCGGAGCUGGGGGAAGUGGCGGAGGAGUAUGCGCCGGCGGUCGUGUGGGACAACCGGACGGACACCAACUUUCUGGGUCUGCCGCUCUUCCAUAGCAUGCUGCUGCGCGCCCGUGCCGCCACCACCGACAUCGCGGCUGUCAUCGAGCCUGACACCAUCCUCCUCCCCGACUUCUCGGCCGCACUGGCGAAAGCCCGCGCGGUGUCAGGGCAGGACUGGCUCAUGUCAGCCCGGCGGCGAGAGGUCCACAACUUCCCGUUUCGGGUGGAGGAACUUUUCCAAGAAGACGGCUCGGAGCUUGAUUCUGAAUCCGACGGAGACAGGAGGGCGCAAGAAGAUAUAAGGAGGAGAUUCCAGUGGGUGGAUCCGGAAAAGUUUGACGUGGAAGUGGAGCAUCUUUGGGCGCUGGAGUUGAUGGACGGAAGUGAGGGGGAGGAAGAUAGGUACAAGAUGGGGGCGCAGGGCAUGCGAGAGUUCGUUCACGAGCGGGGGUCGCUGCACAGGUGCCAUGAGGUGGCCGUGUGGGCCUGGGACACUGGAGAGACGCCUUUGCACAGCGGCAUCAUGCCUCCCUUUCUGUACACGCGGGGCGCUUACGACGAGUGGCUCCUGCACGAGGCUGUAUCCGACGGCCAGCGUCAAGUCAUCGACGCCAGCCACGCGAUCUCAGCCGUCCGUGUGCUCGGAAGCGUGGCCAACCUGCAGCCGUACCUGGGGCAGACACGUGUCCACUCUCAGAACGGCGAGUACCGAGACACGCGGACGCCCGUCCAAAAGGCCGGGGGCCAUUUCGGGGCGCAUAGCCAGGGGCGCGCGGAGCAUAAGCUAUGGAAGGCGGGGCCGAAGGGGGUCGGAUGGGAGGUCGCGCUGAACCGCCACCUGGCGCAAUCUUACGGGACGUUUGGGAGCGGGGCUGCGCACCGGGAGGCGCCUUGGCGGCUGGGGCCGUGCAAAGGGGGGGGCGGGGAGCUGUGCUUUUUCCAGCGGGAGGAGGGUAUUCACAGCUGGGCGGUUCCGUUCGAAGUGGAGGAGUGUGAACACGACAUGGUGCAGCCGGAGAGGCUUUUCACACCCCGUGCGCACGCCCCGGUCGGGCUGCCCAUGGCUUUAGCGGAGCUCCUGCCCCUGGUGACGUCACCCGGGGGGACGGUGACGUUGGUCGUGGUGGCGAACAACUACCGGGAGAUGCUCCUGAGCUUCGUGUGCCGCUUACAGGCGCUCGGCAUCCGGAACGUGAUCGUGGGCGCGGUCGACAGCGAGAUCUACCGCUACGCGUCCGAGCAAGGUCUUCCCGUCUUCAAGGAUCUGUUCGACGGGAGCAUAUCCCCCGACGACUGCCAUUUCGGAACGCAGUGCUUCCGUGACGUCACGAAGCUCAAGAGCCGGACGGUGAUCAAGGUGCUGAAGCUGGGGUACAACGUGCUGAUGUCAGACGUUGACGUCAUCUGGUUCCGUGACCCGACGCCGAUCAUGCUCGGCUACGGGCCGAACACGCUCACGGGGCAGUCGGACCAGCACAACGACUCUGGGCCUGCCAACGACGAGCGCCGCUUCAAUUCGGGUUUCUACCUCGCGCGCGCCGAGGCCACGACCAUCGAGGCGCUGACUGCAAUUGCCGACCACGCCGCCACCACACAGCUGUCGGAGCAGCCGAGCUUCCACCACGUGUUGUGCCAAGCGGAAGGUAGCCGGAAAGUUGGUGACGACGCGUGCGAGUUCUAUAAUGGCCUCCGUGUGGUCUUCUUAAAUAGAACAUCGUUUCCAAAUGGUGCCACUAGUUAUAUAUGGGAGAAACAGGACACGAGAGAGUUCUGCGAGAAGAGGGGAUGCAUCAUUCUACACAACAACUGGGUCAAAGGCCGGCCUUACAAGUUUUGGAGGGAGAAAUACAAGGGGUUCUGGAGGUAUAAUGCUCACCACAGGACGUGUCAGUACGACUGGAUGAAUUCAACAAAUCUUGGUAUGUAUUGAUAUCUAUUAGCAAGCUAUAGAGCACCGGCCUUUGCAUGAAGCACAAAUUUGUGACGCUGGCGAUAUCGGCCAGUUCACUGGAUCGACC